CGCUGUGCCCGUAGGACAUUAUAUCGGAUCAGUCGACUCCGGACCACGUUCUCGUGCGAACUACCCCGCAAGCACAGUCACCCCGGUCGACGCGUUUCACUCCUCACCCGCCGACGACGACGACGGUCGGACGUUCCAGACGACCGCGGCCAGCGACGAAAUAAUAGGGUCACGAGUCAUGACGCCUCGAGGAAAACGUCAACGACGGUCAUCGGACACUUUUCGGCUCUCCGUUCGUGUGGCACACGCUAAAAGAUAUAUAGAAUGAAAAAAAUUUGACCGAAGGUUGUUUUUGCGGUAUAGGAAUAUCAAGGAAAUUCAAAUAAUUAGCAUGGCGGCUGUGAAGUCGUGAGUGCGGACGAACAAUGGUAGUGAUCAUAAACGCUAUCGUAGUUUCUUUACUGUCAGUAAUCGUUGCAGAAAUCCAAAAAGAAUGCGUUUUGGAGUUGCCUACAAACGGCUCGCGCGAUGUUUACUGUGAUGCCAUACCGUACAAAGUCGACUUGACUCACACUAACGGUAUGACUAAAUUGGAUGUAUCGCGAAAUAAUUUGAAUGGGAUUUAUUUCGCUAGUGAUAAAAACAUUACGUUACCUACGCUCGACUUGUCCAGAAAUAACAUUCUAAAUCCUUGCCACGUCGCUAUUGGUAAUAUGGUAAGGGUCGAUUCAAUGAUAUUAUCGUUCAAUAAGGUACACAAUUUCUCAAUGUGCACAGACAUAAGAAAUCUAACGCUGAGUUGGAAUUAUAUUAAGUCAUUGAAUAAAACCGAUAUGGUAAAUGCGUCUUCUUUGGAAGUUUUGGAUCUUGGCAAUAAUUUUAUCUUAUGGAUUGAAAAUAAUACGUUUGUUGGAAUGCCGGAUCUUCAAUGGUUGGACUUACGAGGUAACGCGUUAACAAGAAUAUCAGAAAAAACCUUACCAAGUACUACAUUGCGAUAUCUCGACGUUUCCGAAAACUAUGAUCUCGACCGUACAACAGUGUUUCAGCCAUUUGAAAAUCUAGUUGAAUUGAACAUUGCAAAAAACGCAGAAUUAGCACCUGUUGUCUUGGGUUCCGGUCCAAGACUUCAAGCAUUGGAUGCUUCACACACAAAUCUUACAGAAGUUCCAGUCACGCCAGCUCCCCUGUUAGGCUCACUCAUUUUGAGCGGCAAUGCGAUAAAAGCAGUGAACAGUGGUGACCUAGAUGGUUUUCCUCUUCUCCAUUUGCUUAACAUAAGUGGCAAUCGUAUUUCCAUGGUUGAAGACGACGCAUUUGGUCGGCUGGAUUUACUGACCGUGUUGGACUUGAGUGAUAACUUUUUGGAAACGGUUCCAAAAAGUCUUCCAGGAAGCUUAGAAAGAUUAAAUCUAGAAGGUAAUAGAAUACAGAACUUGAGUGUCGAAGACUUUGAGGGUUGCAAACGACUGAAAAUAUUAAAUGUUCGGAGAAAUAAUAUUCGACACAUACAGGACCUUACAUUUGCGUCUUUAUUAUUUCUCGAUGUUUUAGAUUUAUCCGAAAAUCCAAUUAAAAUGAUCACUAGAGAAAUGUUAACAGGUCCAGUAAGAUUAAAAGUCUUGAAACUGGAAGGGCUAACGGCACCAGAAACACCAACGUUCCCAUUCACAGAUACACGUUACUUGAACCGCAUCCAAUUGGCGCACAGCAAACAUCUAGCUACAAUCCUGUUAAACGACAGUGCUGUACUGUCAUCUUUGUUUCAGCUUGAAUAUUUAGACUUAACGGAAUGUGAUGUGAUUUCACUUCCCAACCGUUUACCUUAUCAUAUGCCCAAAAUUAAAACAUUAAUUGUGAACGAACUCAAGCGCGUCGAAUCGUGGCUCAGAGACUGGCUGUGUGAGAUCCACGCAUCCGAAGACCGACAUUACAAGUUGAGUAAAACUGAAUUGAGACUCAGGAACUACCUGCCGCAAAAAUUCAAGUCCACUGUGGAAAGUGUGCAAUGUAGACAAAAUAAUGGCAGUGUUCAACAGGUGUUCGAUUCGGAAUACUGUGCCACGAUUACAACGACUCUGACUUAUCGAGUCACUACGACUACAACAGAACAGACAGCAGUAUUUGCACGACUAAGAGCGAAAAACGAUCCGAAGAAUGCACAUGCUGUAGUGAAAACCACUCAUCCAGGUAUGAUUGUUUUUGGGUGUAUUGUAUUAUUGUUGGUGUUUUUGGCGUGUGGUACUGUUUGGGUUGGAAUGAGGGGCGACGCACUAAGGAGGUUACAUUGGAGGCAAAACACAGCGGAUGUGGAUUACCAAAGCAUCGAAAUUAAGAGCCUGGAAAGUUUAAACCACGUAGAAAGGUGGUGAAAUAAGUCUGAAGAAUAAACUGUUUAUAAGUAUAAAUUUAAACUUGUAUUUUUUUGUGAUGUUUUCAAUGUUUGAGACCAAAGCCGAAAUGGCGCAGCGUAGCAAAAAUGUAUUGUUUAAAAAAUAGUCAUUAAUUCAUUAACUAUAACUAAUUAAACUCAAAAAUGCUAUUGCUACGAAUAGUAAAUAAAUACUAUGUACGAUAGAUAUAUAAAUUUAACAAAUGUACCUAUAUUGAUUGAAUGUCGUUUGAUAAAAUGUCAACAAUAUAAUUGUAUUUGUAUUUGUAAUAAUUUAUGUUGCUGUGUAAUCAUAUAAGUCGAUUGUGAAAAUGUGUAAAAAAAAAAGAAUGUAAUUUUAAAUACUGAUAUAUUUUUAGUAUCAUUUUCUGUAAUUGUGAAUAAUAUGAUGUUUUCAUAAUAUUUUGAAUCAUGUAUCGUACAUCGAAUGUUAAUGCUACGCUGCUGAGUCAAAUGCAUAAGAAUAUUUGAAUGCAUUUGAUUUCUAUUAAACUACAUUGUUUUAAUUAUUUAAUUAUAAUUUCAUGAUGUAUUAUUGUAACUGACAUUUUGUACGACUACAUUAUUAUUAAUUAUAAUAGACCCGACGUGUAAAUAUGACUUUAAGUAGAUUAAACGUGGAAAAUUAUUAUUGUUA